CGUGGACAGACAUGUCAGAAUGGGAAUGGGAUGUGGAAUUAAAAUGUGUGGCCACUGGGAGAUCCUGCUUUCUCUGGCGGACAGAGUGUAGAUGUUCAGCAAAGCGGUCUCCCAGAUUAUUAGGGGAUUGGACAAGCUAGAGGCAGGAAACAUGUUCCCGAUGUUGGGGGAGUCCAGAACCAGAGGCCACAGUUUAAGGGGUAGACCAUUUAGAACGGAGUUGCGGAAAAACUUUUUCACACAGAGGGUUGUGAUUCUGUGGAAUGCUCUGCCUCAGAAGGCAGUAGAGGCCAAUUCUCUGGAUUCUUUCAAAAAAGAGUUAGAUAGAGCUCUUAAAGAUAGCGGAGUAAAGGGAUAUGGGCAGAAGGCAGGAAAAGGGUGCUGAUUGUGGAUGAUCAGCCAUGAUCACAGUAAAAGGUGGUGCUGGCUCGAAGGGCUGAAUGGCCUACUCCUACACCUAUUGUCUAUUGUCUAACCUGACAUUGCCCACCUUACUUGAACUGAAGACAUCCAUAUGAGUAAACCACUGCGCUGUCCUUUUAUUCUCUCCUUACUGCUACAUGCAAGCUCCCAGCAGCAUUCACUGAUUUUUUUCCAGUUAUCAGUGAUUAACUCCAGGGGUUCUUUGGUCUUUCAUGGGCAUUCAUGGAACAUAGAAAACCUACAGCACAAUACAGACCCUUUGGCCCACAAUUCUGUGCCCAACCUGUACUUACUUUAAAAAUUACCUAGGGUUACCCAUAGCCCUCUAUUUUUCUAAGAUCCAUGUACCUAUCCAAGAGUCUCUUAAAAGACCCUAUUGGACCUUGUGCGCCUUCCAUCAUGGUGUGUGAUGCAUGUUUAUGGUGUUAAAUUAAGGAGUGGCUUAUUGAAUAAUAUCCACUUUGCAUUGGGAAAUAAGGAGAAAUAGAGAACAUAAUGGACUGCCCCUCUGUACACCAUAAGCGUUCGUUCUUUUCUCAUUGUGUGUUGAACUUAUCGUAAAGGAAGUGGUGCAUUAUUGCUAAAAACAUUUGAUACUUCCUUUAACUCAGCGCUUGGAGCUUGAGUGAAAAAUACAGCAGUGAAUGCUGUAUUUUAGACAAUAUUUGGCAAUUAAAGCCAACAGUUUCAAACACUUGAAGUUUUCUGCAUCAGACCGUGGGUCCAGUCUGCCAAAUUCUUCUAAGCCAAUUGUAAGAUCUUUCAGGAGUACAGCAAGAAAUGAUGCUCAGGACAUAAAUGGGAGAAAUACCCCAAUCACAGUCAAAUCACACGCAAGUCCAAAGCCUCAAGUGCCUCGAAAACCUUUACAUCUUCAAGGUUCUGCAGUACAACAAGCAAGCCAAAAUCCAGUCAGCAAGGCACUAUACGGUGAGAAAGCGAGGAUGGACGCCAUACCACCCAGCCCGUGCAAAGAGAAAGUUGGCAAAGUGUCCGAUCUCAUAAACCGGUUUCAAGGAAGCAGUCCAGCGAGCCCUAAUGAUCUGAAGGAUGUUCAAAGUGGGUCACCUUCUCCUAGAAAUCCUGCAAGAUCUUUGAUUAAUUCUCAUCAGACGAAACUGCUGUCGGACCACCCUCUUCUUCAACGACAGAGGACAGACACUGUGAAAGGAAACUGUGCUGCAGAAUUUGCUCCAAACGCAGGGCUUCAGCCGGCCAAUGGACUGGUGACAUCACUUCCAGCAGACUGCACUGAAACCAGCAGUCAUACAGUGGAUUCAGUGAUGGCCAGUGAGCAACCAAACAGAGAACGGGCUGCUGCCUCGGAUCAGUCACCAUCUACGGAUAGCCGCACAAGAACGGCUGACCAAAAUGCUGCCUCAAAUCCACCUGGGAAACAAAGAGAGGCGGUUGAAGUAAAAGCACAGACCAUUGAGCAAGCAAAGAGUUGGAAUGGAGAAAUGCAAAGAAGUGAAAAUGAUUUGAGUGCAGAAAAAAAGGAAACAAAUGAAGAAAAGUUGUACAAAAUUGCUAAUGAGCUGUUGCUGACAGAAAGAGCCUACGUAAACAGACUUCAUCUAUUAGAUCAGGUUUUCUGUGCCAAAUUGCUGGAGGAAGCCAAUAGCAAGGGUUCCUUUCCUGCAGAGGUAGUCACCAAAAUCUUCUCCAACAUUUCAUCUAUUUAUGCCUUCCACAGUCAAUUUCUGCUGCCAGAGCUGGAAACUCGCAUGAAUCUUUGGAAUACGACACCACAAAUAGGGGACAUUUUGCAGAAAUUAGCUCCAUUUCUGAAGAUGUAUGGCGAGUAUGUAAAAAACUUUGAAAAGGCCAUGGCAUUCCUGAAAACAUGGAUGGGCAGAUCACUGCAGUUCAAAGCUAUUGUUGAAGACAUCCAGAAACAAGAAGUCUGUGGCUCUCUCACGAUACAACAUCAUAUGUUAGAACCUGUGCAACGAAUUCCUCGCUAUGAGCUGCUCCUCAAGGAUUAUUUGAAGAAACUACCACAGGACUCCAUAGAUAGGAAAGAUGCUGAGAAGUCCCUUGAAAUUAUCUCCACUGCUGCCACCCACUCAAAUGCCGCGAUCCGUAUGAUGGAAAACUUGAAGAAGUUGAUAGACGUUUAUGAAAUGUUAGGAGGUGAAGAGGAGGAUAUUGUUAAUCCAUCAAAUGAACUAAUAAAAGAGGGACAAAUCCUUAAACUGGCUGCUCGCAACACUUCCUCACAGGAAAGAUAUCUUUUCUUGUUAAACAACAUGUUGCUGUACUGUGUUCCAAAGUUCAGUUUGGUGUUUACAAGAUAUUCUGUUCGAACAAAAAUUGGAAUUGAAGGCAUGAAGGUCAUUGAGACCCAUAACAAAGACUAUCCAAACACCUUCCAAGUCUCUGGGAAGGAACGAACAUUAGAGUUGCAGGCCAGUUCUGACCAAGACAAGGAAGAAUGGAUAAAGGCUCUAAACUGUACAAUACAAGAGUUUAAUCAGAAGAAUGAAACUUUCAGAUCUGCAAUAGCUAAAGAAGGGGAGGAACAGGCUCCUGAAGUUUCAACAGCAGAACUGGGAAUGAGGGCACCAAGAUGGAUACGUGACAAUGAAGUUACUUUGUGCAUGAAAUGUAAGGAACCCUUCAAUGCACUAACCAGGCGAAGACACCACUGUCGUGCAUGUGGAUGUGUUGUGUGUUGGAAGUGUUCUGAUUAUAAAGCAAACCUUGCCUAUGACAGCAACAAACCCAACAAAGUAUGUAAGGACUGUUAUGUCAUAAUAACAGGACAAACUGACAGCGAAGAGAAAGAUGAUAAAAAAAGGAAAGGAAUUCUUGAGAUUGACGCUGCUGAAGUCUCUGAAAACUGUAUCAUCUGCAACUUCCUUCAGUAUCUGGAGAAACCUGCCAAACCAUGGCAGAAAGUGUGGUGUGUGAUUCCUAAGAAUGAGGGAUUGGUUCUGUACAUGUAUGGAGCACCCCAGGAUGUGAAGGCACUAGCCACAAUUCCUCUUCUUGGCUACACGAUAGAAGAAAAUCCACGAGGUGUUGAUGGGUCUCAUGUAUUCAGGCUGAAACAGUCCAGGUUCAUCCAUACUUUUGCUGCAGACUCUGAUGAUCAGAAACAAAAAUGGCUAAAAGUAAUCAGCAUGGCUGUAAAAGGGGAAACGCCUGCUGACGAUGAUGACUUCAGUAGCGAUGAGGCCUCUACCUCUUGACUCAGGAUUCAGUCUGAGGCGGGUAAAAUACCAACAGCUGAUGCAGAAAAUCCAAAGCCACUUAAAGGAUGAUUUCUAAAGCAUGUGUAGUGUUUUACGUGGGGGAAAAAUUUAAAUCUUCUUCAAAUGAAAUGUCUGUAUACACUGUUUCUUGCUCUUUCAUCCCUGAAUAAUCCAACAGGAAUCAACAUCUACAUUUGUUCAGUCACUUUUGUGAUUAUUCUCACCAGGUCUCUUGAAUGUCUAGAUUAUCCACAAACACAGUCCAGCAUGAACUUAUAGCAUUUAAGAAAACACUGGACAAUUAAAUAAGCUCUAACUUAUGGUGAUGUCAUACUUUCUGUCUUUUUGGCUGCUUUUUAUUCAAGCAGUAAAUUUAAUGUGGUGCACACAAUGCAUCUGCAGAAUGGGAACUUAUGAACUGAGACAUUGUGAUCCAGAGCUCAAAUAUCCAGAUUGCUUUCUCUACAAAAGAACGAACCUAAGUUUUUUUUUGUUUGUUUAAGAUCUUUAAUUUCUGUAUUUGAAAUUGAUUUGUCUGAUGUGCUUGUGUGUUGAGCAGUGGCAAAGAAAUGAUAUUGUAUUAUUGUAUUUAUUAAAGUGGCCGUAUCUUUUUAUUGCCUCACCUCUGUAGCAGGUGCAGGCUAACUUGGGGUACCAGAGGUACAUGUGCAUAUAAAGUGGUUAGUGAUUAAGCUUCCUAAACUAAUCAAAGUAUCCUACAACCAUUAAACAGUGAUAAUUUUGCUGCACUACAAAUGAUAGAAUUCAGCAUUGAUGAAAGAGUACAGGUUAAUCUCUUAACUUGUAAGAGAUUUUGGUGGGGACUCAGUGCCCUUGACUGAGCCACCUCAACCAGAGAUGAAAUUGACAAUCAAAAAAGGCAGGAAUGUCCUAAUCUUUAUAAUUGUGUUCAGCAGUCCUAUUACCUUUGUCCUGGGGGGAGAUUAUUCUGUCAUUCUCUCAGACUAUAAACAAUAUUUGAUGACAGAAGAGGGUUACACCAUAAAUUGAGAGGAAAGAAAAUAAUCUAUAAAAAUCAGCAAGGAAAUAAAUAUGAAAUAAAUUCAUAUUGGGCACCAAAAUAUAUAUAUUUAACAAGAUAUACACUUUAACCUGGACCAAUUAGAGUCAACGGCUCAAUAACACACUAAGAGUCAGAUAUUAGCAUUGAAUAUAAUCUAAAUAAGUCUAACAAAAUAAUUUAAACUCAUUACUGCCUUUAAGUCCUGUUAUCUUGUGUGUAAAUAUGUACAGUAUAUGGAAAAAACAAGUCAUUCUCCUAGCUUGCAAAUAUUUCUGUAGAAUGAUGAGAUCAAUUUGAUUUAAAUAUUCUGAUGCAAAGUAAUAAUGGCCUCUCACAGAAUGUGAUUGGAAAAAAUGAGCAGCUGAAGAGAAAAGAUAAAUUGCUGAUUUUAAUUACUUUACAGUGUGAAUCUAUUUAUCUUGACUGUUUAACAGAGUUUGCUACCUAUUCAUCAUUAAGUAUAACAUGUGUCAAUGUUUGUCCUGCUUCAGAUCAUUGGAAAAAUUGACUCCUGCAAUCCAAUCCACUGAUCAGAGAAACCUUGUCAAGUACAAGCACCAGUUUUGCAAGCAUUGUCAUUGCUCACAUUUGAAAGUGAUCUGAAACAGGAACAGUCUUAAUUUUAAUUCAAAUGAACUGUAACAUUUGAAAAAUUUUUAUGUGUCUGAAUAUUAAAGGUUCUAUUCAUUUGUACAUGAAAAAAUGAAAACCAAACAAGAUACUACUAUUAAUCUUUUUAAUAGUAUUUGACACCAUUCAAUGGUAUCUUAUAGGCAGGUAUAAUGCAUUAAAGGUAACAUGCAAAAUAUUUUUUAUAAAUGAGUUAGAUUUUUGCUACACAUACCACAAGGCAAAAAUCUGUCCCUAAGUCAUGUCAAAGAAAAGCUUAGGAAUAUGUUAUUCUGUUGAUAAUGAUUCAUUCAAAAAAAAUAACCUACCAUUAUCCUAAAAGUAUUGAUAAGUUUUAUAUGUCUCCUCUUUAUUCACAUUCUCUCCCCAAUCCUACAGAACACCACCUGCUUUCAGCUUCCUCCAAGAUCCUCUGGCAACUAUUCAUAUCUAGUACCACGUCAGGCGCACAGAACCUUCCUUGUAUCUUUUCAAUGCACUUUUCAAUUCAUCAUCAGCUAUGACAAUAUUUGAGCAAGAUUAAAGUGGUUCAAGAGAGGUUUGAAACAAAGUUUCUUAAAGUGUAAAUGCAUUUUCUGGUAAAAGAAGCAGAUGGUAUUUAUGAUAAGUUUGUGAUGGAGUAGGUUUCUCCUGAAGAUUCUCACCCCUAAGAAAAAAAAUAUUUUCUGGUAUUACAGAAGAUUAUCAUGUAAUAAUUGUUGUUAGUCAGAUAGAAAACCAGAUAGUAUUAAGUCCCAGGGAAAUUCAUUGAGUUGUGGGUUUUAUACACUUGGUUUAAGAAAAUUGAUUAAUUUCAUUAGUAAAUGGAGCACUUCAGAAUUCAUUUACUUGAUAGCUUACAAGACCAUAAGAUAUAGGAGCAGAAUUAGGUCAUUUGGCUCAUCGAGUUUGCUCCAUCAUUUCAUCACGACUGAUCCAUUUCCCUCUUAGACCCAAUCUCCUGCCUAUGUUUUCCACUAAUUCAAACAUAGAUAAGGAUUUAAAGGAAGUAUAUGUGUCAUUUUACCUUUUAUUUCUACUUUAUCAAUUCUGAGAAUGAGUGCUAUGGAUCUUUAAUUCCAUUUAGUCCACGUUGCAGAAGCUGACUCUAAACAGUGUUUGCACAUUGGAAGUCUUGUUUUUGCAUGUUUGUUUUAAAUAUUGCUCUGCAUUCGCUGUAGUCACCCAGUUUCAAAUUUGAUUAAUUUGUAUUAGUACUUCAACAUGUUAGCACACACAGACAAUAUUGUUUGUAUCCUAAUUCCCAGUAUAGUUUAAAUUGAAAAUGAUUGCAGUGUUUUAUAAUAUUGAUUGGCUGGCAUGAGAAUUCAUGUAUAUAUAGUCUUUGUUUGUAAACCUCCAAUCAGUACAGUAUUAAAACUGAAUCAAUAGAGGUAUUCUAUAUUAUAGAAUUAUUUUCAAGUUUCAAUCCUUAAAAGUCCUUUUCAUCACCUUUUUAAAGUUUCUUAUCGUAGCCAGGUCGCCUGAUCUGAUGGGUCACCAUCUUAAUCAGGUGCAAGUUAGUUUCUCCGUAGUCAUGUUUCUCUCUGCUGUUUUAAAAGGAAUGCCUCAACAAUGAUCAAACACACCUCGGUCAACUCAUUCAGUUUGAGUAAUGGUUUAAACUGGUUAUCUCAAUCUUCGGAUUCACAUGCCUAAUGAGUCUGAAAAGAUUUUGAGGUGAGCUGAAAAAUAGUUUAUUUUUGUACACAAGCUAUUUGAAGGACAUAUGCAUCCUCAGUAAUGACACCACUGGCCUGAAAUUGAAUCCAUCAGUGCCUGAUGAUCAUGCACAAAAUACAAUUCAUUCUGGCUUCUAUCACACUGAAUUUGAAACUGACCUAAGCAUUUAUAAGGGCAGUUUACUGGAGAGCGUCCAACAUCUUUCCAGUGUUAUUCAUGAACAUAAGUUGCACAUUGUGCACUAUCUUCCUUAUCAAUGUAAAUUGGAACUCUGGGGUUCAACCUGUGACCUUUGCUGAGAAAAAUUGAAGCAGAUGGGCUGAGUACUGCAAUGAUAUGUCACAAACAAUUUCAUUCAUGUGUCACUAUCUUGCACACAUCUGCCAGCCUCAGUUUUCAAAACUUGGGGUAUUUGAAACUUGAUCAAUGGUGGUUCCAUCACUGGAGUCUGUGAUGAUACUAUAAAACUUCUAUACAACUAUAAGUACACAACAUAACCGCACCACUAGUCCCUUUGUUUUCCCUCUCCUUUUAUGCAACUAAUCUCCAGCUACUAUGUGGAGAGCUCAGCCCAGUGAUCAGUCAGAGGUCCAACUGGGAAUUAGCAUCAUGUUUAGCAUGUUCAACACACCAAAGAGGGUGACGUCCAAUUUCUAGGCAUAGAUGUGGAAUAUUUCUGUUAUAGUGCUGUUUGCAAUAAACUCAAACUGAAUGCC